AUGCAGCUGCCCCAGGAUGGAGAGGACUUUGUUGGUCAACUCUGGUACCAUGGUCCCCUGUCCCGUCAGAAGGCGGAAGCCCUUCUUCAACGAGACGGGGACUUCCUGGUGCGGGCCUCGGGGUCCCGCGGGGGCCAGCCUGUAAUUUCCUGCCGCUGGCAGGGCUCAGCUCUGCACUUCGAGGUGCUCCGUGUCUUCCUGCGGCCCCGGCCCGGCCGGCCCACAGCCCUCUAUCAGCUGGAGGACGAGCAAUUCCCAAACCUGCCUGCCCUGAUUCGAAGCUAUGUUAGUGGCCACCGGCCACUGUCCCAGGCCACGGGGGCUGUGGCCUGCAGGCCAGUGGCACGACGCGUGUCCAUUGGACGCAGUGUCAGCGAGAACACUCUUCUAGACAGCCCAGCCUUGAAAGAGCCUCUCAGGACGAGGAAGUGGAGUGACAGCCAGCCAGCAGGCUUGGAGCUUCUGGGACAGUCUGCAAGUGUCCCCUUUGAAUCAGACACUGCUGUUUUCACGCAUCUCCUACCGCGGACUGAGAGUGACCCCACAUUGCUGAAAGCCCCAGCCCCCCUGGGAACCAUCGCUGACAGCCUCACAGCCUCCGAUGGGCAGCUUCAUGCCAAGGCGCCGACCAAGCCCCCUCGCACUCCCUCCCUGGCGCUGCCAGAGGCCUCUGGACGUCCCCCAACCUACUGUGAGCUGGUACUCCGCGUGCCGGAGACCCAGAGAACACGCCCUGACCACGGCUGCCCAGAGCCACAGACCACAUGGUGGGAAGUGGCCCAGGAGGAUGAGGAGAAGGAGAAAGACAGGUAUUUCACAAGACCGCAGGUGGAAGUCUCCUUCUGCCCUCCUGAGAACCCCUCCGGCCUGCUGGGUUCCCAGAAUCGGCCCCUGGAGCCCCAAGUCCUGCAGAAGCUUCGAGAACUCUUUCUGGAGCACCACGCAGAGAGCACGGCCUUGCACCUGUUGCUUUCAGACUGUCAGGCCACAGGUCUCCUGGGAGUGUCCAAGACGCAGCAGGACGCGAUGGGGGUCACCUCUGGCCUGGAGCUGCUCACGCUGCCGCAUGGGCAUCGCUUAAGGUUGGAACUAUUGGAAAGGCACGAGGCCCUGGCGCUGGCCGCGGCGCUGGCGGUGCUGGGCUGCGCGGGGUCCCUGGAGGAGCGCGCCGCUGCCCUGCGGGGCCUGGUGGAGCUGGCGCUGGCGCUGCGCCCCGGGGCGGCGGGGGACCUGCCGGGGCUGGCCGCGGUCAUGAGCGCGCUGCUCCUGCCCCAGGUGUCCCGCUUGGAGCGCACGUGGCGCCAGCUCCGCAGAAGCCACACGGAGGCCGCGCUGGCCUUUGAGCAGCAGCUGAAGCCGCUGAUGUGCGCCCUGGAGAAGGGCGAGGGACCCGGCGAGCCGGGCGAGGUGGCGCUGCCGCACGUGGCACCCGCGGUGCGCCUGCUGGAGGGCGAGGAGCUCCCCAAUCCCGGGCCGCUAGACCAGAGCUGCGAGCGGCUGCUGCGGACCCUGCAGCGGGCGCGACAGGUGGCCCGGGAUGCGCCCAGAUUCCGCCAGGUGGCUGCCCGGCGCCUGCGAGGUGAGUGA